AUUAGUAAACAAUUAAAGAUUGAUUACAUGAAGGACAAGGAGAAUAUUGCGUUUGGUGCAAAGUAUAAGCUUUAUAACAAUUUAAGAAUUUUAUCACAACAAUUCAUGUCUAGACAAAAUGAAUCUUUUUCGGCAAAUAAUGAAAAUAAUUCUAUAAAUCCUACUAAUGAAAGGAAUAAGAAUUGCGAUAGUAAUUAUUCCUGUACUGCUACCACAAUAAAUUCCUGUACAAAAAUCUUACCGCAGAGUCAAAUACAUAUUGUAAGUAAAGUAAAGGUUGAUUUACAUAUCAGAGAAACAAGAAUUGCAAACAACGAUACAACUGUCAGGAAACACUUUGGUGUUUCUACAGGUGAAACUUUAACAUUGAAUUCCAAACAAAAACAAAAAUACGAUGCUAAAAUUAUGCAUGAAUGUAGUACUAUAUCGUCUCCUCAGUUUCAACUCGAAAAAACGACUAUUCCUUAUACAAAACCUUUUUCCCAGGAAGUAUUGGCAAACAACAAAGUUGCAUAUAGUUUCACAGAUGAAAAAAAUGCAAAUAAUAAUCACGAUUACAAGGAACCCAAGUUGUAUUCUCCAGAAAUGCAACCAUUGCCCGAUAAAUGUGUGAUGAUUUCAAAUAAUGGCAUUAAAUCCCGAAAAGAGCAAUUAGCUAUUGAAAGGGUUUACGAAACAGAGGAAAAUAAGGAUGAUAGGGGGUUGGGUAAGAGAAAUGACGAAGUUAAGAAUGGUGCUGGACCGACCUCCGUCCUCACGAUUUUAAAUAAGUAUAAGAACUUUAGAGACAGGAAUACAAGUACCAACAAACCAUCGUACCCAAAUCUAUCAGUUAAUAUUAAAACAGCAUCAACAUUAUCAAAUAUGAAGCCGAAGCGACAAUAUAAAAUAAAGGAUAUGCAUAAAAUAAACAUUCCGUUGCCAUUUACACUGACAGCAACGAAGUCCAAAAGAGACGACGGUUCACUAAAGAAAAUAUUGCAUAAACUUCGCAAAACCAGCAAAAUUAACCAUGAAAUGAUUGAUCGGCUUAAAGUCCCGCUAGAGGAAACAGAUGAUUCUAAUGAUGAUAUAACAGAAAUAAGUCCAAUUAACCUAAACGACAUUGAUUUUCAAAAUCACCAUGAAAUUACUCAAGAAAUGCUUAAUCCAAAAACUCUUCUAGAAUCCAUCCAAAAACCCGAUGUUGAAAUAAUACCCCCUCCUCAUGAGUUCUGUGAUAAUUACUCGCCAAAUGGUUCAGGAAGUUCAGGAGUAAGGAAUGACAGUACCAACAAACCACCGUACCCGAAUCGGUCACUUAAUAUUAAAACAGCAUCAACAAUAUCGAAUAUGAAACCGGAGCGAAAAUAUAAAAUAAAGGACAUGCAUAAAAUAAACAUGCCGUUGCCGUUAACACUGACCGCAACGGAAUCUAAAAGAGACGACGUUUCACAAAAGAAAAGAUUGCAUGAACUUUGCAAGCCCAGUAAAAUUAACGAAGAAAUAAUUGAUCAGCUUAAAAUCCCGCUAGAAGAAACAGAAGAUUAUAAUAAUGAAAUAAGUCCAAUUAAGCUAAAUGACAUUGAUUUUCAAAAUGACCAUGAAAUUACUCAAGAAAUGCUUAAUCCAAAAACACUUCUACAAUCCAUCCAAAAACCCGAUGUUGAAAUAAUACCCCCGCCUCCUGAGUUCUGUGAUAAUAACUCAUCAAAUGGUUCUGAUAAAAUAACCCCUUCUCAAGAUGAACUUGCUGAUCUAGAUUUUACCGUCAUAAAUUACUCAACAUCGGACGAACAUAAUCUAGGCAGUUUUACAUGCGAAUCUACUGAUUCAAAUACUCCUAGCGCAAUAGAAACAUGGACGUUAUCUCAGGACGACAAAAACACCCAAGCACAUAACAAUAAUGAUAAUGCGAAUCAAAACGCUACAGGUUCGAGGAAUGCAACUUUGCAAAAUUUUUCCCAAACAUCAAGAAAGUCUAAACUGAAUACCUUCAAAUUUUAUCGCAAGCCUACUUUACACAAAAGCCAUUAGGCAUUCAUUAUU